UCACAGUAGAAGUUUAAACUUCGGUUUUGGUUUAAACUUCAGUUCAACAAUUUAUUCGGUUUCACACUUUCGUUUAAACCUUGAACUGAGUUCAUUCUGUAGUUUAAGUUAAACGCCAGUAUUCUGCCGUUUAACCUCAGUUCAACGUUUAGACACUACAAUAGUUGUCAGAAUAGCUGCCAUUUUUAUAUUAAAUAUUGAAUUAAUUAAUGAUGGUGAUUUAUCCUAUUUUCAAUAAAUAUUAAUAAAAAGUAUAUUGUUAUUUUAAAAUGUCGAGUUCGGAAAGUUAUAUUGAAGAUAUUAGUGAUGAGGAAAACUUAAUUUUAGUUGCGAAUGUGAGAAGAGAAAAACGCAUUCAAUUCAGAAUAAAUCAUUUCAAUUAUUGGGACGAUAUAGAAUUCUUCGACAGAUUUCGAAUGUCGAAGAAUUCAGCCUACAUUGUUUUGGAGCAAAUCCGAUCCCAAAUUGAAAAUGCAACUAAAUGGAACCAUUCAAUAUCUGCCGAAACCAAGCUUUUAUUAACCUUGCGCUUGUAUGCCAGUGGAUCACUCCUCAUAACUGCGGGAGACUUUUGUGGUGUUUCUAAAUCAUCCGCUACCAGAAUUUGUAAGAUAGUCUCUCAUUAUAUUGCUCUACUUCGAGAGAAAUACAUAAAGUUCCCGGCGACACCUGAGGAAAAGUUUGAAGUUGUAAAUGGAUUUUACCAAUUUGCAAGGUUUCCUCGCGUUAUAGCUGCUUUAGAUUGUACACAUGUACGGAUUCAGUCCCCAGGUAACAUUAAAACAUGA